UAUCUCAUCUCAUCUCUCUCACUCAUAUCCAACAAUAUAUAGAAUAGAAUAGAAUGGGGGAUUUGGAAACUUUGGCCAAGGCAAGAAGAGAGCUACAAGACUUGUACUUGGGAGUUCCUGAUGACUCAGUCAACCUCUCCUUUAAAGAACUUGCAGAAGUCACCCAAAGAAAAGCUGCUGCCUUCUCCUCCCACAAAAAAUCUCCUGAGAAUUCUUCCUCGAAACCGCCGCCGUCCUUGGCAAAGCUUCCUAGCCUGGAUUUCAGUCGAGCCUUUGAAGCUGCAUCAUCCACUCAUAAUAAUCCAAUGCUUCACCAUCAUCAUCUUGAUCAGUAUGGGCACGCCAGCCACCAUGGCAGUAGUCCUUAUGGCCAUCAUGCAAUCAAUGGGCAUGCACAUCAUCAUCAUCAUGUUGCACUGGAUCAUCGCAGCAGCAUGGGUUAUCUUGAUAAUGAUGAUAUGGCGGCGGCUACUCCAAACCAAGCGCGCCGCCGCCGCCCCGGGAUUCCUCACUCCAAUAUCUGCACCCUUUGCACUACUUACAUCUAUAUUUUCCGUUACCGCUGCCUGGUUUGCGGAAGAGUAUACUGCAGACAGUGCGUGGGGAUUGGCAUGGGAGAUAUGGCGGAAGGUAGGAAGUGUGUCGAGUGUUUAGGCAGAAGAUUCAGUCACAGAUACAUACAUAAAGCGGGACAAAUGGGGUGGUGCAUGGGGUAUCCCAACGCUGUAAGACAACAAGAACUCAAGUGGGCCGAGAAAGGCCCAAAUCGGUCCAGAGAGAAUCGACCUGCCCAGAGUGGCAUGCUUUCAAGCUCAAGGAGCCCUGUUAUAAGAACACCACCACAUAUGCUGCAUACACCUAACACUCCGUCUUUUGUGAUGAACUCUCCCCUCUCACCAUAUACCCCCACACACCACCAUGCGUUACCUUUCUAGUAAUCUUUUAACACACAUCUACAUUUUUUUUAAGCUAAGCUUCACUGUUAACAUGCCUUUCUUUCUUUCUGAAUGGUUUCAUCUCUGAAGAAUGGAAUAAAUUAAAUUACACCAAAA